AUGCCCCGUCUCUACGACAUAAUCGGAAUGGAUCCAAUCCCUAGUUUUAUGCCAGGAUUUCCUACUAUAGACCAGAUAUACGAUCACAUUCACAUUCCUUACGUUUAUUUUGCAGACAUUAUUGAGACAUUUGCCUCAUUCCCCAAUGUAACUUUUCUUUGGAAGUACGAAAAUGAUGAUAUCGGCGGGAUACUGAAAUCUUAUCGAAACAUCUAUAUAAAAGAGUGGUUUCCACAAGUAGACCUUCUUGCUGAUCCACGUUUGACCAUUUUCAUCACUCACGGUGGUAUGAACUCCAUUUUGGAAGCGAUGUAUUACGCAAAACCAAUGAUCGUCGUUCCACUAUUCGCAGACCAGCAAUGCAAUUCAAAGAAUGUGGAAAGAAAAGGAUUGGGAAUUCUGCUGAAGAGACAUCUUCUUAAUAAGAAAACAUUGACAAAUGCGUUAAAAAGAAUAAUGGGGAACAAGUGGGUGAUCUCAGACAUUUCAUUCACAACAGAUUGUUUCCUCACGCUCACCAGUUCCAAAAAUUUUGAAAGAAUUCGGUGCAAUCCUUAAUU